UAUAUACUUUUAAGUAGGGCAUGUCUACAAAUCAAAAUUACAAUCCGGAUGAGCUGGAGGCAUUGGAAUGGCUUAAUACGCCAUUCUUUACCGAGGUCUUGAUACAAUACGAGAAUGCACCAGAUUUAAAGCUAAACGAUCUUAAAUUGUCCCCGGCAAGUGCGCAGGGAGAUCAUUAUGCAAGCGUCAUGUUUCGCGCCACCGUGGAGUACUCAACCGUGAAAGGCAACAUUUUCAAGUCCUUAAUUGUCAAGACAAUGUCCGAGGAAGGUGGUCUGAAGAAGAGACUGGUGGAUGAUUCACACAUAUUCCAGACCGAGAUAGCCAUGUAUACAGAAGUGCUGCCCAAGUUUGAGGCGAUACUGCGAGAUGCGGGGGAUGAGUGUACGUUAUUUGUGCCUUGUAUAUAUCACAGUUUGAAACCGCGGAAGGUGAUUAUCUUUGAGGAUCUGGUGCCCCAGGGCUAUCAAGUGAUUCGCAACCGAUCUGCCACAUUAGAUGAACUAAGAUCUGCGCUGGAGAAGCUGGCCAAGUGGCAUGCAGUCAGCCACAAAUUGUUAAAGGAACAGCCAGAAUUGUUCGAAGAGUUACAAUAUAAUAUCUCCACCCUUCCCAACUUUCUGAAUCAAAGCUUCAUCACAAAUGCUUUGCCAAACUUUAUUUAUAUGCUGGAUGAAUCAGAAAGUCUAAAGAAGUACAAACAUUAUUUCGAGGCUAUGCGUGGAAAUCUAAUUCAACAAUGGGCGGAUACGUUAGGAGAGCACCGCAAGAGUCCCCAUGAAAAUUCGUAUUAUGUUCUAUGCCAUGGCGACUUUCACAUCAGGAACUUGAUGUUUAAGAACAGCAGCUGCAUGUUGUUAGACUUUCAGCUAUCCCAUGUAGGGCCGCUGGCCAAUGAUUUUCUCUAUGCGAUGUACAUGUUGUUUUCUGCUGAAGAUCGUGGAGAGCGCCGCGAUGAACUUAUAAUUUACUAUUUAGAAGUAUGUGCCAAUACUUUGAAAAAGAUUGGUUACCGAGGCAUAGCACCUAGUUUUGACGAAUUUCAGCGCCAGAUGAUCGACAAGCGAUACAACGAGUUUCUGCUGCUCACGACAUUUUUGCCUAUGCAAAUAGCUGCCCGCAAGAAUGCCGUCGACCCAUUUCGGCGACGCAUUAGCAUGUACAAGGAUAAGGAUUACCAAGAGGAAGUGGCAUAUCUAUUGGAACGAAUGAAUAAUUUGGGAUAUUUUAAAGAUAUGCAGAAUUCAAUAAACAAUUAGCUUCAUAAUGCUUAUAUGCUGGAUGAUAAUUCGAGGAUAAAUUUGAUAUGCUCUCCUAUGUACAUAUAAAUUAAUUCAGAAAUGAUCAAAACUUCUGAAAGAGUAAUAAUAUACACAUCACUAAACGAACAAAAGAAGUAAAGAGAAUGUAAGAGCGACAGCAGAAGAAGAAAUAAGAUCAGGACGACAAGCACGUAUAGGAUUUUUUAGAACACAAAUAUAUUUCAUCUAACUAACGCAUGCAAAUUUCGCAAUUCAAAAUUGAAUUCAUGAGAAUCGCAUAGUAGAGCCAUUUAAUUCAUGUUUUCUUCUUUAUGCAGCGCAGCUAGAUGUA